AUGAAGAAGUUUUUAAAGGAAUAUAAAUCACAAGUUUGCAAAAGUUUCUCUGAUUCACAAACGUCAGUUCCAUUUGGGGAACGUGUGACUAUUACGACUCGUCAUGAUGUGGAGCCCGAGCCCACGCCGGUACCAGAGGCGCAAGACCCACAAGACACAACGGCGAAGGCAGGCACUAUCAGGACAGAGGAGUACAAACGAGACUUAGCAGAGUUCCAAGCCAGGCGGUCAAUCGGGAACAAGGAGCUGCAGGUCACUCCGGUGAAGAAGAAAUGCGGCAGACACUCCCUGCCGAUCUCUUGUACAGAUUGCGCAGCGGAACACGACAACACGUUCAACUACGAAAAGAAAUCCGCCGUCAAAUAUAAGAAGAAAACACACAAACGUGUACGCAGCGCGACAUCCAGCGACAGACUCAACGAUGGCCUCCCCAACAUACAGUUCCUUUUUCAAAAUCAAGUUUUUAUGCCCGGUAAUAUAUUUGAAACGGCAUCCUAUUCAGAACCGCAGAAAUCGAAACGUCUCACCAGGCACAGAGUUAUAAGAUCGCCAGAAGCGGAUUUUUUAGUUCGGCAACACAUAGAUUUUAAAGAAGAAGAAGAACAAUUUGAGCCGCCAGAGUUUUUCAGAAACAAUUCGCUGCCGUACGAUAUCAAGACGUUUCUUAGUCCGAAAAUCGAAGAUGACGUUGACGGGUUAAGAGCAGCGGGGGAUCUCAGAUUAUCUAGUCAUAAUUCGUCGGUGAAGGAUGAUAGUGAUGAUAAAUUGUGGGAGGUGAUGAGUGAGCUGAAGAACUUGGACCAGUGGGCUGAUGAACAGUUGCAGCCGAGGACGCCGAACAGGACCGUUUCGGAUGAUAGCAAAAGUGACACAAGCGCCUACGGUCUACCCAUAGCCAGCUCGAGCAACGUAGAUGUCGCCACUGAGAAGGACAAGGUCUGGAGUCUGGGCAAGUGGGGCGUGGUGCCGGUGCAGAUCAAGAGACUGCACGGGGUCACCAUCCAGCACGUCAAGAAGAAACGGAACGUCGAGGUCAAUAUUCUGAGAAAAUGUCGGCACCCAAACAUAAUCUUGUUAAUGGGCCUGUAUACAGGUAUCCACGAUAACAUUCAGCUGAUCUGCGAGAGAUGUCUAGACACACUGUACGGCAUUCUUCAUGUUCAGGGUCGCAUACUAAGCGCUCAAACAUCAGUCCAAUACGCGUUAGACAUCGCCAACGCUCUCGUGUUCCUGCAAAUGCAAGGCUACAUCCACACCGGCCUAAAUAGCACCAGUAUAAUGAUAACAGCUCAAGGAACAGCUAAGUUAGCCGAUCUUGGCCCUUGUACUAAAUUGCCCAAGCCUAAAGAACAUAACGAAAAGAGUUUGGAUUUGUACUCUUCCGAACCGCACUAUGUUAAUAUUGAAGCCACCCGCGAGCAAAACGUCGACUGCGAGCCGCUUCUUUCUACCCGAUCGUCCGAGACCUACCUCAUAUCGAACGCAGUCGCCAAACCUUAUGCCGAAUACCGCACGUCGCAACAUUACCGCUGGCACGCGCCGGAACUGUUCGCCAUAGAGGAAGAGGAGGUGUUCCCGUGCGCUAAGUCUGAUGUGUAUUCUCUGUGUCUCGUGCUAUGGGAGUGCUGCAAUGCCCAAAUACCAUGGAAAUCUCUGUCCUACGAGAAACUGAAAGAGCUAUACACGCUCUGGAAGACAGGCAUACGGCUCCCGCAAGAUGGCACCUAUCCGGGUAGUCUACUAUCGCUGCUACAAAACGGACUGAAACUUCAGCGCAGUGAACGCAUGGAUCUUGUUACUUUACAGGAAACUUUGCAGACUGUCAAGAGUAACCUUGAAGAGUUAGAAUACAUAAUCAUAUCAGCAAGGCUAUCCAAAAAGAAGUCUACCUUCAGUUCCGUAGCUUGGGACACUACCUCUCCCACAGACUCCGAUUGCCUCAGUCCACGUAACAUCGAGCACCAAGCUAUCAUACACAACGAAAAAGAUAGCACAACUAGCAGCGAUAAUUAUGCAAGCCCCAUAUACCACACCAUACGAAAAACAAAAACUGAAACACGACAAAUACCAGAGAAAUGCAUCGUGUCAAAUGAGCAAGAUCGACCGGUACUCAAAUACGAACAUUUACCCGAUAAAGAUUACAACUCAAGCGCCUGCUCAACUCCAAUAGCAAAGUUACGUGCGAGAAUCAACAAUUUAGGAACGCCAGGCGCUCUACAUAGAAGCGAUUCUACUGAAUACUGUAGCAUUUUAAGCCCUAAUAAUUUUGCCGUUAACGAUUCCAAAUGUACUGAAGAACGACCCACAGCUAAACUAAGCCGCAGUUUCACGCCUCAAUCUUAUAAACCACUACAUAUAAAAGUACCGGAGUUUAAUUUGGAUGAUGUGAAAACGCUAUUGAAGGAUCAGAAUGAGAGCGGCCGUUCUUCGUACAAUUUUGAUAUAAAAAACUAUAGUUUGCCGACUACGCCGAUAGCGAGGAGUAACAAAUUGAGGAGAAACGCUUGGUUGUCUGGCGAUGUGAGCACGACGGAGCGCAGUACUGAGAAACUGAGAGAUGAUAGCAGGAAGUCUAACAAUGAAGAAUUUAACAACAACCAAUCAUCUCGGGAAUCUUCUAUUUUAUCCAACAAGAACUGUUUUAAAGAGAAGUCUAUUCAAGAGGACGUAGAAUCGGUUUGCAGUCAAAACAUGAAGUUCAGCACAAAAUCUUGUUCGCCUGAAAGUGACAUACAUCAUUCAGCGACCAACUAUUCGCGGGAAAGUGUGGACGCGAUUCAAAAUGGCGUGAGACAUUCGUCUGAACGCACGGAGUUACAGGACAAUGGACGCUUGUGCUCACCAGAAAUGGUGACGCGGCAGGAGAACUUCGCUGAUUUUAAAAGGCUAUCGUCACAAUCGUCGGCCGAAUCUCCCGGGCGCGAGCGCAGCAACUCGUGGUCAUACAAGAGUUCGGAGCUCGCCAACAGAUGGCGCUUACAGGACGAAGCGUUAGCAGGUCUCAGCGUGAAGCCGUUGGUCGCCAUACACGAGAAGUGGAUCCUGGAGGCUAACAGGAAGACCGGCCGAUCGUUUUCUCUGCCUGAGGAUAGCAAGAAUCAGCUGUCAGCGGCGGUGAAGCCGGCGUCGCACUGCGUGCGCGCGCAGCAGUCGCUGCCGGCGCUGGCGGGCCGCGCUCACGGCAGCCAAUGGGAGCAGUUCUGCCAGAACCGUGAGGCGAUCGCGAAGAGUAUAAACUUUUCUGAGAGGGGUCGAGAUAGGACACGACAGAAGAGCUUCGAUAAAUGCACGUCUUCGGAAGACGUGACCAUAACGACCAGUAAAACCGACCAAGCGACCGACACGAGAAGCAUAGAGGAAUUCAUCAGGGAACUAAUUCGCAAGGAGUUCCAACAUCUAUUACAUGAAAUAUCUGAAGAUUCCUGCACAUGCGACGACAUUCUCAAUAAAGGAGUGUCUAACAUCGUCGAGAGCUUGAAGAAUGACGAGGAAGGGAAGAAGGAGACUGUCAAGUCAUUUUCUAGAGUGAAAAUUAACGGGAACAACAAGCCGUUGCUACAGAUUACGUUUAGUCGGACUGGGGAGAAUAGUCUGCAGGUGCUAGAUAACUGCGUGAACGUAAUGAUAAGCGAGUCGAGCCCCGCCCGGGAUAAGAACCCAGCCGAUGACGAGCCGACGCUCUUGAAGAGGUGUCAGGCUUUCAAUGCUAUACAGGAAGCUAGAAGCACCGAAGAUUUGUACAUAGAUGACGACCUCUCCACGCAUUUGCAAGAAAAUUUUGGAGGCAAAGUGAAGCUGAUACCGCUACACGGCUCGCUGCACGAGAUACUGUGCGAGAGAGAGGACGAUUGUUGUCUCAUCAAGGUGAAGCAAGAAAACGGGUGCGACACGAUCUACUUCCGCUGCGACAACUCGGACACGGAGUCGCGCGACGCCGUGGACGCGCCGCGCGACACGCUGCUGCUCGCGCGCACGCGCACGCUGGCGCGCCGCGAGACCGUGUGUCGUGUGGGGCGGCCGCGGCCCAAGUCGGAGAUAUUCACGCCCACCCUCAAAGAAACCAGAAUUCUAAGCAACAGCAGCCCCUCCUUAAUCACCCGCGAUGAAGAAAUCGAAGUCAAUAUAGAAAACGUGAUGAGCUACCAGGACUCCUCGUCGGAGGAGUGCAUCAAGUGCCAGAUUGAGAAUGACGACUUUGAGAUGCUGGAGAAGAAGAUCGAAGAAGAUUUGGCCAACAGCACGAUGUCGUCGCUCACCUGCGGGUGCUUGGAGAAAAUUUCUGAGGAAAAUUUGUCGGUUAUAAAUGAGGAUGCGACGGAGAGGAAUGAUUACUGAUGAUUCAUUUGGUUGAUAUUUUGUGAAUGAUUUUCAUUGUUAUACUAAUUGGUUGUUAACUGUCAGAACUAAUAUUAAUCGUGUUGCGUAUCCGAUUUUUGACAAAUCGUUUUUUGACUUAAUUCGAAGAAAUCCAAACGAUUAACGAUAACAUAUUGCAUAUUUUGAGAUAUAUU